CCGGAUCUUCCGGUGUCGUCAGCUUUACGGAGAAUACGUCUUCAGCCAGUGCUACGUGUCCCAGUUGUGAGAGACCGCUGUACUGAACGAGUCCACUCAGAGAUCGGCAGUGAUACCGUAACCGGCAGACAUGGACCAGGUAAUGCAAUUUGUUGAGCCUAGCCGGCAGUUUGUGAAGGAUUCUAUAAGACUGGUCAAGAGAUGUACAAAGCCAGAUAGAAAAGAGUUCCAGAAAAUUGCAAUGGCAACUGCCAUAGGCUUUGCAAUUAUGGGAUUUAUUGGGUUCUUUGUAAAACUGAUCCAUAUUCCCAUUAACAACAUCAUAGUUGGCAGUUAACUUGAUCGGUUCCUGUGGAGACCCUGGCUUUGAAGCAAUGGCAACUUCUUGGUGGACAAACGCUAGUUUUGUUUUUGUUGUAAUGUAUAUUUUUUAUUUGACCCAGUUCAUAUAAUAAAACAAAAAAGUGCUUA